AUGGCCUUUUUACAGUCUCCAGCGCUCUCGUCAGCAAGCAAGCUGCGCGUUGCAUUUCUUGGUCCGCUGGGAUCAUUCUCUCACGAGGCCGCUGUAGCAUCCUUUGGCUCCGAAGCUCUCCUACUCCCGCAGUCGUCCUUCCACGAUGCGUUUGCCGCAAUCCAGUCAAACAGCGCCGAUUAUGCCGCCAUCCCGCUAGAAAACUCGAGCAACGGUGCUGUUGUUCAGACAUACGAUCUGCUCGCUGACCGUGAGAAAUUAUAUGGCGACAUAACAAUAUGCGGAGAGUACUAUCUGGCGGUUCACCAUUGCUUGUUGGUGAAGCAGAGCGGCAACAAGAGCUCCCUGGGUGUUCCUAAAGACAUCACCACUGACGCUCGCUACAAGUCGAUAACCAAGCUCUACACACAUCCGCAAGCGUGGGGCCAAUGUGAGAAAUUCCUAUCAAAACACUUCAAAGGAGUCGAGAGACAGGACGUCUCAUCGACCUCAAAAGCGGCGGAAAUCGUUUCCCAGGAGACCGACGGUCAUGGGGCUGCAAUCGCAAACAAAUUCGCUGCAGAGUAUCACAAGUUAGAUAUUCUAGCCCAGAAUAUCGAAGAUAAUCCAGAGAAUACAACUAGAUUCUUACUGCUACGAAACAAAAAGGCUCAGAACACCGCGCAGUGCAACCGUGAACCUCGACAGAGUUUGGGCAAGCCGAAACACAAAACUCUGAUGUCUUUUAUAGUCGACCACAACUCGCCUGGCUCGCUGGCUGAUGCGCUUGUCAUAUUCAAACAACACGGGAUGAACCUCACGACCAUCAAUUCUCGCCCGAGCGGUAUUCACCCUUGGCAAUAUGUAUUUUUCGUCGAGUGCCAGCCAACCUCUGAAACCUGGUCUGACGACUUGAUGGACAACGUAAUUGAGGAUUUAAAAGCUGUGACAAAGUCGUCUAGACACCUCGGAAGCUGGAGUGAUGCGCUUGGUUCGAAAUAA